AUGGAGGUGGAUCCUUUGAACGUGCUGGUCAAGCGUGCGGCCGAUGCCUGUGAAACCGGCAACGAGUUCGAUGGCCGCAUAGGCCUGCGCAUCUCAUCUAUCUUUGUCAUCCUGGUUGGCUCAAGCUUCGGUGCACUUUCCCCCGUCUUUGCUCGACGCUUCGGCGGCCGCGGAGGUGUCCCCGGCUGGUCCUUUUUCAUCGCAAAGUACUUUGGUUCUGGUGUCAUCAUUUCGACUGCUUUCAUUCACCUUCUCGCUCCGGCCGAGGAAGCUUUGACCAACCCGUGUCUGACUGGACCCAUCACUGAAUACAGCUGGGUGGAGGGCAUCGUUCUUAUGACGAUCAUCGUCCUCUUCUUCGUUGAACUGAUGGUCAUGCGAUUCUCCCGCUUUGGUGCGGGCCAUGUGCAUGAUGAUGAGGGUCACUCUCACUUACAACUCGAAGAUGCUGAGCCUGUGGACGCCGAGGUCACCGAAAACAAAAACUACGUCCCCGGCGAAGACCAUCUUGGUCACUCGCGGGAGCAUCGCGAUGUCGAUGACUCGGAGAAUGACAAAACUGCCAUUGAAGAUUAUGCGGCGCAGCUGACAUCCAUCUUUAUCCUCGAGUUCGGUAUCAUCUUCCACUCGGUUUUCAUCGGCCUCACGCUGGCUGUCUCCGGUGCCGAGUUCACCACUUUGUACAUUGUUCUCGUCUUCCACCAAACCUUUGAGGGUCUUGGUCUGGGCUCGCGUCUCGCGCUUGUCCCUUGGCCCCGAUCCAAGCGAAACACGCCAUACUUCCUGGGAUUGGCCUUUGGCAUCUCCACCCCCAUCGCCAUCGCCAUUGGCCUGGGUGUCCGCCAGAGUUAUCCUCCCGAAGGACGAACUACACUUAUUGUCAACGGCGUGUUCGACUCCAUCUCCGCCGGCAUCCUGAUCUACACGGCCCUGGUGGAGCUGAUGGCGCACGAGUUCAUGUUCAGCACCUCGAUGCGCAAGGCGCCCAUCCGCGAAGUGCUAGCCGCCUUUAUCCUUCUGUGCCUCGGAGCUGCCCUGAUGGCGUUGCUGGGUAAAUGGGCAUAG